AUGCCCAAGAAAAUACAGAACAGUUAUGGGGGCUUCACAGCCGAUCAGUGGAAAUCAUUUACAGUUCUUUUUUCCAUACAUGCCUUGUGGAAUUCCUUGCCCAGCAGUGACAUGGAAGUGUGGCGUAAUUUUGUCAUGGCUUGUUCUUGCCUGUGCUCUACUGUUCUUACAGAAACAAAAGCAUUGCUGGCCCACUCCUACCUUUUGAAGUUUUGCCAGGGUUUUGAACAGUUGUAUGACAAACACAGAGUAACUCCAAACAUACAUCUGCAUACCCAUGUUGUUGAGUGUGUCUUGGAUUAUGGACCUGUGUAUUCAUUUUGGCUGUUCAGCUUUGAGCGCUAUAAUGGAAUUCUUGGCGAGUACGGAACCAAUCAACGUGCUGUUGAGAUACAGUUAAUGCGCAAGUUCUUAUUGAAUCAGUUUAUGAAGGAUCUGCCUUUGCCUGUUAAGUUCCAAGAUAUAUUUAAACCUCUGCUUAACAGACUGUACUCAAAACAAUCAGGAAGUCUUCAAGAACAGUGUCUAACUGAGAAGGACCAGGUGUCUGGAGAAAUUAUCCAAGCUUAUGUGCUGUCCACUGGUCAUGUGCGAACUGGUGGCGAAUUUGAGAGCAGUUUCUAUUUGUACACAUGCUGUGGACCAUACUCAAGAGACACUAUAGAUGUAGAUGUUCUUCCCCAUCUAAAGAAAUCCUAUGCUACGUUUUUGGAUGGGCUGGAUGAAACCUCUGUUACGACUCACUUUGAAUGUUAUGCUUGUUGUAAAUUCAAUGGUGAUCUCUUUGGCUCCAUUAAAUCAAGAGAAGAUAGAUCAGCAUUUGUGUUGGCAAGGUGGUGUAAACUUGGUGGCACAAUUGACACCUCUGGAGCUGAUUUGAGACCAGGUGUUAUUGAUUAUUUUAUGAAAAAAAAUGUACACGUGAAUGGACAUUAUGUGACCUCUGUUUUGGCUUCUGUACGUUGGUUUCAAGCUCACCCAUCAAGAUAUUCCUUAGGUGCUCCUGUCGAGGUCUGGUGCAAAGAUCUCUUUGAACCUGAAGGUGAAUCAACAUUUAUUCCAAUUCAAAGAAUCAGUGGAAAGUUUAUACCAGCAAUUGACAUUCUCCAAGAUGAACAUGUCCUUGUGGUCUGUCCUCUUACACACAAAUUGCAGUGUUAG